GUAAAUAUGAUCCUGCAGGACAGGGUGUAGGAAGAGGUGUGGUCGGGGCUCCACAGGCAUGAUAUCAUCUAGCCCUAACCAGCCACGAUGUCACAGAAGCUGGGGUAUGAUAUCAGAACCUACACCACCUAUAAACCCUGUUUUUUGCAUAACUUUUCUAACCAUCAGCAACACACAACUCAAAUACACAUAACUCACAGCUCGCAACUUACAACUCUCAACUUACAUCUCACACCUUACAUCUCAUAACUUACAACUCGCAACUCACAACUUGAUCCAUCGCUAAUUGCAUUCUCACCAUGUCGAACAACCAAGACAACAACCACCUAGCAAACCUCCUCGGCGGCCUCAGCGACACCGCCGGAAAAACCGUUGGCGGCGUAACCGAUACCGCUGGCGGUCUUCUAGGUAAUCUGGGCAAGACCGUCGGCGAUGUAACUGCCGGUCUGGGAAACACCGUGUCUGGCGCCACCCAGGGCCUCGGGAAUACCGCGUCCGGUACGGGCAAGAGUCUGAGUGAGGGGUUGAGUGGUAGGGACAACCAAAGCGGUGGAAGCGGAGGGAAUGAGUCGGUUGGUGGGAAAGAGCAGACUGCGGAGAAUCCUUUGGGGUUGAAUAAAUAGGUUCAUACGGGAUUGUUCGUUAACGGGGAUGCUAGGUGAUGGGUUACUUUGUUGAAUGUAUGAUUUAAUGAAUUCUAAAUUGCAACUAUUCCCACCAUAUCCAUGAGCCUUUACAACAUGUAGACUUGAAGAUUCAAGUGAUUAAU